AUGAGUAACAAAGUCUCUAGAACAGAUUCGUUAAAAAAGACUUUAUCUAGGUCUAAGUCAUCAUUGACUAAUCUAUUUAAGAAGAAUAAGAGAAAGCAUGCUAGGGAUGAUGAUGAAGAUGAUGAAGAUGAAAAUGGUAUUAGUAGUAAUGAUAAGAGUUUAACUAAGAUCGAUAAUGAAGAUGAAGAUGAUACCGACACUUCAAGAAGUCAUAAACGUCGCCAUGUGGAAGAUGCAGCAAAGGAGAAACUUAGACUUAUUGCAUUUCAAAAGAAUGAAAAAUUAUUAGAUGGUAAAUUGCCAAAAGAAUUGAGGAAAUAUAGACCACAAGGUUAUUCUUUAAAUUUACCACCAAAGGAUAGACCAAUUAGAAUUUAUGCAGAUGGUGUCUUUGAUUUAUUUCAUUUAGGUCAUAUGAAACAAUUAGAACAAUGUAAAAAAUCAUUCCCAAAUGUAACAUUAAUAUGUGGUGUUCCAAGUGAUAAAGUAACACAUAAAUUGAAAGGUUUAACAGUCUUAACAGAUAAACAACGUUGUGAAACUUUAACUCAUUGUAGAUGGGUUGAUGAAGUUAUCGCCAAUGCACCAUGGUGUGUCACACCAGAAUUCUUAAAAGACCAUAAGAUUGAUUAUGUAGCUCAUGAUGAUAUUCCAUAUGUGAGUGCGGAUUCUGAUGAUAUUUAUAAACCAAUUAAAGAAAUGGGUAAAUUUUUAACAACACAAAGAACUAAUGGUAUUUCUACUAGUGAUAUUAUUACUAAGAUUAUUAGAGAUUAUGAUAAGUAUCUACUAAGAAAUUUUGCAAGAGGUGCUACAAGACAAGAAUUGAAUGUUUCUUGGUUAAAGAAAAAUGAAUUAGAAUUUAAAAAACAUAUAAAAGAUUUUAGAGAAUAUUUUAAGAAGAAUCAAGAAAGUUUAAAUGUUAAUUCUAAAGAUUUAUAUUUUGAAGUUAGAGAAAUCUUAUUAAGAAAGACUUUAGGUAAUAAAUUAUACAAGAAACUAUUAGGAAAUAAUAAAUUUAAUCCAAAGAAUAUACAUUCCCAUGAAAUUAAAAAAUUACAGGAUAGAUUAAGUGAUAUAAGUGAUAGUUCGAGUCAGAAGGAUAAUGACGAUGAAGAUGAAGAUGCUGAUGAAGAGAGUUCUGAAAUAGAUGCCGAAGAACGUGAAGCUAUCAUCAGAUCUAAAUCACCUCCAAGUGAAUUUGCAGACCAAUAUACUGGUGAAAAAAGAGUAAAAUCAAAACAGGCUAAUUCACAAUAUCAUGAAGAUGAGGAUGAAGAUGAAAAGACAUAUAAAUUCAUAGAGCAUGCUCAACAAGACGUUGAAGAUGAAUAA